AUGAAAUCCGAUUAUCAAGAACUUGUGAAACUUUUCUACAUUGGCCAAUAUAAUCUGCUGAAAUGUUUUGCUUUGUGGGAUUUGGGUGAAGAGAUCUCACCAUUCAUGCGGCGGCUAUACCGCUUUUAUUUUUGGACCAUCCUAACCUCUUGGACAUUGCCAUUCAGCUGUGGCAUGCUUAUCCAAUUGAUUCUCAACAUAGGCGAUGUUUUUGAAGUUAUCAAGGUGUCCAUAUUUUUUGCCACCUCUACAGCGGCCUUGAUCAAAUACAUCAGCAUUAAAAUGGGCACCAGAGACUAUGAAAAUAUAUUCCAAAUGUUGCAUCAACAGGAGUUUUUACCCCAAAACCUUAGGGAGUGGAAGGAAUAUCGCAAAGCCAUUGAUUUAAGUCGGCAAGUGUGGAAGGUUUAUGCAACGCUUUCGAUAUCCUCUAUAAGUUCUCUAUUCCUUAUACAAUUUUUCAAUACCGAAAGGGAGUUCAAUGUCUCACUGUAUAAUCCUCUUAAUAUGGAAUCGGAUGUGCAAUACUUUAUGAUGGGCGUCUAUCAGCUACUCUCACUGACUGCAGUGUGCUUUGUUAAUUUGUGCUUUGAUUCUUUGGCUGCAUCCUUCUUCAUCAACAUCAAGGGUCAAUUGGAUGUUUUGGGUUGUCGCUUGGAAAAUAUAGGUCAAGGUGUUCGUUGCUCUCAAGAGGAAGUAUUGCGGCAGUUGAAGGAUUGCAUCAUUUACUAUCAGCGUCUAUUGGAUUUAACCCAUACAAUGGAGGAACUUUUGCGAGUU